CGCAUUCUUUGUUUGACUUUCAUCAUAGUCGUUUGGUUCGCGAAGACGCACGGAGGCGUUCUCGUCCUUGCAGUAGAAAAAAAAACUCAUACACUGUGGUACCUUUACGGGAAGAAAAAUUGUAACACCAACUUAAGUAAAGUGUGAUAUAGUUGCUAUAGCCCUUGAAACUAUCUUAACCCGAUCCAAGUCGAACCAAACACAACCAACCAAUAAUGCAGUGAAUAAAGUGUGAUGGGACGCGAAUAGGACGCGCGGCUCCAUGGCGAAUCAUCGUUCUGCAGGACACUACUGGUAAAAACGGACCCCCCAAGCAUCGUCCCUCGGAAAAUUCGCUCGGAAAAACGGAACACACGCACGCACGCACGCAAGGCUGGAAUGGAAUUAGCACGGUAAAUUGGUGUACAAAAUAUUUCAUCAUCAGUCAUAUUUCUCCCAUGGCUGUGUGGGGUGUGUUGCUAGGGGGCUUUGAAAAAAAAAAGAAGGAAGCAAAAACUCAGCGUCUCCCACCCCAACCCUAGUCUAUUGGGUUUCGGGGCUAAAGCUGUGAUAGAAUGAAAAGCAAGCGCUGCGUUGGAGUGGGGCAACCAAGCGACGCUCACUCGCCAUUUUCAAAAGUGCAUCUUUUCGAGUGUGUACAGCGCAUUGAAAUUUGACGCACCAUGACAAAAGGGUAGUCAGUCCCUAGGCUGAGGGGUUUUUUUUACACUCUAGACAAAACAAGGGAAAAUUGAGCUCCUCUUCGCAUCGUACAGUGGGAUGAUGAAAUAAUGGACGGUGCCCCAGCAUUUGGUUGAUUAGCUGGUGGUGGUAGUGGUGCUGCUGGCGAUGGUGGUAACGGGAUACAAGCUCUCUUUCUAUUUGUGUGGGAGUGUGUAUUAUCGCUGGUGCUGCGUACGAAAACACAACCACAGCAUCGAACGGUCUCGCUGUGUGUGUGUGUGUCUGUGCAGUCAAAGGGAGUUAGCAUAACGGAUUUCAAAUCAUACGACGUUAUGGAAGCGUAGAGAGUUUAGCUCAUCUUGCGUUAGGGCAAGCAAGCCGUCAGUAGUGGGGGAAAGGAUGCAGAAAUUAGAAAAAAGAAACGGAUUGAAUGCGUCGUCACACUCGCGUCACGAUUGUUCCAAAAGCCAAAUUGCUGAAAAACUAGAAGCUAUUAGCAUACGAGACGCGCACACACAGCAACGCACAGCUGGUUGACGACAUAGUAGCAGCAGCAGCAGCAGCAACACCACACAAAGCAAACAACAAACCUCAUCCCAAGCAGGUCGAGCCCAGCCAGCCACACCAAUACAGCCCUACGAACGAGGGGCGAGUUGCGUCGUCCAGCGCGAGAGCGCGACAGAGCAAACUGCGUUUGCGCGCGAGAGAAAGAGAUGAAGAGCAUUAGAGUGAAAGAGAAAGAGAGACGGACAGAGAGAGAGAAAGAGUUCAAGGGAUCGGGGACCGUAUUAAACACAGCCUACUCUGCUGGCUGUGUUGGGUUCUGUUUUGAGCCCGCGGUUCGACCAUCCAAACAAAGCGCACGACAAACGACCGAACGCGUACGACACGAACGGACACAGUGUGCGCGCGUCCGCAUACAGUUGCAAGGGAAGCAAGCAAGCAAGCAAGCAAAACACUCAGCUCUUAGUUUAGGCAAGCCUUGCUCUCGAAAAGUCAACAGUAGUGACAACAAACCUGCUCGAAACGGAAGAAGAUGGUCCUGCCUGUUGUUGUCGCUUAGAGAGGUGAAAGCAGUGGUGCUGUGCGUUUCAUAAGGCGAUCCGUGGCGCACCGUGACGACGACCAAACAACAAACAUCAUCUGUGAUAUACAAGAGCGCGCGCGCGCGAUCGUCCCGUCCAUCAUCAACACCGUCAGGCGCUCCUUUCUCGUCCUGGUGUGUAGUGCAUUCCCGCAUCAUCCAAUUAUUCCGUGUGAAAUGCGAGGAAAGCAAUAGAAGCAAGCAACAUUGUGACUGAUAGCGGAAAGAGUGGAAGAGUUAUAGUUUAAAUGCCAGUCUAGUGUGGAUAGCUUGAAUGUGAUUUUUUAAAUUAUUUUGAACAACGGUGUACAGUAGCAAAUGCUGAGCGAGUUAGUCAUAAUUUCGACGCUGCACAUAAUUAUACAUUUUAAGCAAAAAUCUCUUAAGCAAAAUCACGACCAAAGAUAACAAACAAACCCUAGCCAAGCCAUCAUCACUCACGUUCAUCACUCACUUCAUCAUCGAGCGCGCCUGUCGGGGCUGUUUGUGCUGCAAAGGACAACCAAAUUGCAACCCCCUUCUCACCAACUGACGCAACAUUUUCAACGACAAUUUCUAAAUACGAAAAUUGAAAUCCACCAGCGCAGAAGGGAGGAAAAAACACAGCUGCUCGCACGCACACAACCACCGCGUUAGCGUAUGCGUGGAGACCUGCUCGACGUACCGCUGUGUGCGUGAACCGAAGGCUCGCUUCAAGUGUGUGGAGACCCCGUUGUGUGCUGUGGAGAGCGCAAGCCAGCACACUCGCACACA